CCGGACUUGUUUUUUCCUAGCUACCGAUGGCUAACAAGCUGAACCAAAGCGGCUCGGUUAGCCGCGUUGGCAAGCGCUAGUAUCACCUACAAAGAACGGAUUUCUCUUUAUUUGUCCACUCGAAAAUAUAUAUAUAACGGAUAAAAACGCUGUUUCACAGCACUUUGGUCAGGGAGGCGGUACCUCAUUUCGGAAUAAAGGCUCUGCCUUCCAGAGGGACAGACCCCGGGAUAUCAGGUGAAGAUGGAUGUUUACUUCAAGGUAUAAUUGCACCCUUGGAAUUUGUGAGACUUGCUGCCGGGUGACUAGCAGACCUCACCGCUCGCCAUGAAGCCUGUCAGCUAUCAAAGCAUGCCAUCAUCAAUGAAUGGUGGACACCCAAAUUUGCCACUGGAACGUUUGUUAACCACAUCCAAGGUGAUGUACUGUGAGAAAUGUAGAUUUGCUUCUAUGGACCCUGCACAGUUUAAGAAGCACAUGAUUGAGCAUAUGGGGCCACCGUUUUACUGCGUGUCUUGCAACUAUGUCUCCGUCAGUGAGGCAGAGUUGAAUGAACAUAUGAAGCAACAUAAAUCAGACUAUCCAUUCAAAUGUCCUCACUGUGGACAGGGCUACAUGAGACGGCUGUGUCUUGUGAAGCACAUUGACCGUCUGCAUAGCAAAGUCAUUAAUCAAGGACCCCCUAAGCUUGGCAUGACAAAAAGUCCACAGGUCCCUGUCUCCAGUGCCUUAACAAGUGUGUCAGCAGCUGAUCCAUCACCUCUUCGACCACUUGUUCGGGUAACAGUACCAACUUCGAGUGCAUCUGAUGUCAGAUUGGGAAAAGAUGAGCAGAGAGUGAAAACACUGGACACAACUGUUAUAAAUGCCACUAACGGCAAUGCCGAACUUUUGUCCCCUUUGAAUGGACUCAUUCACCACAACAGGGCUCUAACGGUUUCUCUGCCAGAGGAAGUAACAAUUCCUGCUGGCUGCUUGGUUGAAUUUGUUGAAGUAAAAACCGUCAACGGGACAAAGGAGCUAAGGCUAAGGCUUGUUUCCCAACAAGAAAAUACAUCUGUAAUCAAGGACACGAGGACCGCCUUUUCUCAAACCACUGCUCUGGGGAAGCGAUUGUCGUCCACACUGAAUCAGCCAAACACAGUGAGGUCGACAAGCAUGGGCAUGUGCACAAUUAACAGGAAACAGUGUGAAACGAAGGCCGUAAAUGUGGAGCAUCCUGUCCCAGCCAGUAUAUCCAGCAACAUCCCAAAUGUAGCGAGUAAAGACAAGAGUGGGCUGAAACGGGCAUCGCCAGAAAUAAUCAACUUGGAGUGUAACACGGUCAUCCCAAACAAGGUCCCCAAAUGUAUGCUCAAUCCUGUGAGAGAAGGAAGCAGUGGAAUCAGAGUUACGCAGACAGCUGCUCCUAUUUCCAUCAGGGGCCCCAGCAGGUUAAAUACAACCCUGCAUUCAGACAACAUGGGAACAAGUGUUUGUCCGAGAGUAGUGGAUGACAGAAAGAUUCUGAUUCCUGAGCAUUUAAAGAGCACCGCACCCAGGAGGGUAACAGAUGCCAAAAACAGUCCCAGAGAUGUGUCAAUGGCUUUGAAGGUUGAACCUAGGGCAAUCUGCCUCAAGACCAACACUGUUUCGAAAACUAUGAAAGAGACAGUGUCAUUGAACCAGCAAAGGUUUAAAUCAGCUUCUCCCUCCUUCAGUGUUCCCAAAGCGAGACCUCCAGCAAUUUUAGUCAAUAAGAAUAAUGCUGCAAAUCAGUCUUUUCCACAAUCCAGGACCCUAAACAAGCCUUUAACAGUCAACAUACCUGUCCUUUCUAAACACACUAAAUCAAAAGUCACGACUUGGACCCAGGAUGUAACCUCUAACGACACAGCACGAGAAGUCUCUGAACCUAAGAGUUUUCCCAUCAUUUCGUCUGUGUUUUCAUUAAGCCAGCAGCCCGAGGAUGCUCAAGGUUCCAUGCAGCCCCUUGUAAUGGCUCUACGAGGCAUAGUGAUGGAUAAGAGUAACAGUUCUGGUAGUGCACCUCCAGAUCCUGUUAAGAUAACAAACAGCGCUGACCAAGCAAACAAGACUCCAACAGCAGGACUCGCCACAAAAAAAAGAUCUUUUAUCCGUGACUUGUUAUUGACAGAUUGUACAAGUGAGUCUGUAAAAGUUGAAGAGCAAGACAAGAGCUCUGUUACAUCGCCCCAACCCAACCAUAUCGAUGUCAAGAAGGAAAAAGGUAGCACUGCGGCAACAAGCAUUAAUAAAAGUCCUCCCGUUCCCGCUUUAAAACCUUCAACGGAUGAGGAACCUAAAAUCGCCUCACACGUGGAAACACCUGCGACUGCAGAUCCUCUACAACAAGUGGACAAAAAUGAGCUUGACAUCCCCUCGAAGUUCCUGACCGUCUCUCUGAAAAGGGUACAAGUAGGUGUGUGGAAAAAAAACAACAAAGGACUGAAACUUAGAAUAUCCAAAUAUAAGACUCAGGUACCCAUGGGCAGCGUGACUGACUGUGCAGUUAUUUACCCGAUGCCACUGAAGGUGGACCAGCUGGUGAAACGACCAGGUCCAAACCAGCCGGUGGUGGUGCUCAACCAUCCGAAGCCCCGGGUGUCUGUACAGGGGACGAAAGCAGAAACGUUUGCGAACACAGGAGCCUCUGAAGUGGUUCCAAAGUGCCAAAUCCUAAAAAUGCGACUGAGCAAAGUGAUGGGACAGAAGUAUGAAGUGAUGGGUUGCACUGUAAGGGUCUUUCCAUGAAUGUAUCGGACAAUGCAUUGAUGGACCGAAGUGUAUAUUAAUGAGAAAAUUACUAGCGUUACAAUGGAAAGAUGUUAUCUUCUGAGACUUACAAAAUGUUAAAAAAAAACUAUUUUAUAUUUAAGGGAGUAUAAGAUUAAAAGAAUAUUGAUAUCAGAGUAUCACUGAAUAUGGUCUUACAUGUAUAAUGUGGAAUAUUCAAGUGCAGUGAAUUCAACAUUGUCUGCCAUUGACCGGUUUCACAGCAAACAAUCAGACUCUCCACAGUCGAGUAAACAGUUGUAUCAAAGAUGAAGUCAUUUUAUGAAUAGUGAGUUAAUAAUGUCUGAGAAGAAUGCAGCCAUUAUUAGCUCACCUGUGUUUGUGAUGUCUGCCAUGAAAAGGGUCUACAACAGAUGUCGGUCUGUAACACACAGUUUUAGGAGUACUGUCUCAGAAGCUUGAGAAACUUGUCGAUCUGUCACUGUUAUACAUUUUUUUUUAUCCAGGUCACUGAUAGUUCAUGGUUCAUCUAGUAUUUUUGUGCUGCAACCUCAAAUAAGGUGUCAACCAUGGGUAUUACGUCGGCAAACAAUGAAGUAUUUGGUGUUGGUAUUUCUGACUGAUAACAUUUCUUGUGGGUCGAACCUGACUGAAAAACUGUCUGAUUUAAGUAAAAGUCCUGAUUUUUCAGUUGGUAGUCUUCAUAGAAGUUAUAUAAAACUAAAAUAUCAAUUUCCAGUCAUUGUGUUUGGUGAAACAGGCUCUUCAUUUCUUUUGUGUGGUAUAAGGUGGCCCACUUUCUAGACGCAAGUCAGUAUUUAAGCACUAAUAACAUUGUAACGUCCAAAAGACUCUACUUCCAAAUCUGGCCACGGUGUGGUUUCUGAAUGUGGUUUCUUAGAGCCACGGUGUGACAUGCACCACUCAGUUUCACAGUGGUGGGUUCAAACACUUCAGUUGAUCAUCACUGUCAUGUUCAUUUAAAGACCAGCGAGGAGGUAGUAAUACUAAGGUAUACAUUCCAACAUGUUCACGUGGCUACCUUAUGGUUUUCCAGUUGUACAUCAUUUGUUUUGUGAAAUGAAGUGGCACGGUUGUAGUGUAAGCCAUGGGUGUUAAGGAAUGUGACCCAGUUCAAUGCCAGUAUUUAUCACUUUGCUGGCCAUCGUUAGUAAUAAUCCAGAUUAAGAGAGAGGUGGAAUAUAAUGCUAAAGUUUUGCUACUUUGUUCAAAACUCCACAUAAGUCUUAAAGAACAAAAGUCUUAAGGCAAAAGAAAUAUUUUAUCAGGCCAUGCAGAAAAAAAAAAAAUGCUCAAGAAGUAUUUUGAAUAAACAUCCAAAGGGGUCUUGGAUUCUUGUCUCGUGAAGUCCCUGGAGAUCAGCUCUUGCUGGAACAGACUGAUGGUGUUACAUUUGGAAGCCUGAAUAUCUGUGUUUCUAUUUUGUUAUAUAUUUUUGUGAAUUACUGUAUGAUCUUGUUUUCUUUUGGUGUUUUGAUUGAAUUCAGUGUGUAAUUACUCAGAUAUUUUGUGCUUAACUUAUUUGACCUCCCAGUCCUAAAUAGGGUGACCCGAGUAGAGAACAGAUAAAAGCAACCCAGAGAGAAAAUCGUGUACAUUUUUAUUUUGUAUUCUCCUGCCAUGACGAUACUCAUGGGCCCUUACAACCCGUUGUAUAUUUUUCAAAAACAUCAAACAAACGGCUAUCUCCUAUCCAGAGACAGAUCUCUUUCUCUUCUUUUGACAGCAUUAAUGAUGCCUGUGUGUUCAUGUUUAUGAUAUAAUCACAAUGUAUGAGGUGCUAGACCUGUGAUUAAAUUUAUAGGGUUUGGUUGCCCCCACGUUU